AUGUACGUGGUAAUCGAGCCGAUUCAAUCAGGCACUUUUAGCACAGUUUAUAAAGCUUGGUGUGAUAGACGUCAGCAACAUGUGGCUUUGAAGAUAAUAACAAGACAGAAUUAUGGGAAUGAGAUAGAGAUUAUGCAGUUGCUUGGAAAAGAACAUCCUGGGAUUUGCUCGAUGUUGGAUUGGUACGAAGAUGCCACGAACUAUGUUCUGGUGCUGGAGUAUUGUAAAGGUGGUGAUCUGUACGAUUUUAUGGAAUUUGCAAAGAGACAGGGUCUUCGAGGUAACCCACUAGACUUGUCUUCGAUAAUUUUGCAAAUUUAUUCCGCUAUAUCUUUUGCUCAUUCAUUGGGAAUAGCUCAUAGGGAUAUAAAACCAGAGAAUAUCCUACUAACAGAGAGUGGGGAUGUGAAACUCGCCGAUUGGGGUCAUGCCACAUACUCUAGGAUUUCAAAUGAAAGUAAUGUUGGUACAGAUGCGUACCGGGCUCCAGAGACUUUCACAGGUCAUAAUUACGAUACUUUCGAAGCUGAUUAUUGGUCGUUUGGUAUAACGAUCCUGUACCUGGCGUUUGGUAAGUUGCCGUUCAAAUGCAUGAAUGCCCAUGAUGGUUCAAAAAUGGCGUACCCAUUUUACUGCCCCGAUUUUGCGAAUUUUUUGAUAGACCCACAACUCGCAAUGUAUCACUUGUACAUCGUCCCACUGCUUCAAUCGGUAUACCCCACAGUACGCCCACUCGCGCUUCAACUACAACCUAAUGAUUUACUAUAUACAGGGAGAAACUCGUUGCAAACUUAUGAGUUAAUUCAUCUGUGUCGAUCUGUGGUAGAAAAACUUGUUAAUAUAAAUGCGGAACAAAGAAACUUGGAUGAUUUUAUUCAUAUGAUGGUCAGGCCGAGCAAUUCCAGCGCCGAUGCUUUGCAGAUGAAAUCGAGUACUUAUCUGGCACAGUUGUUUCGAAUGAUAAAAGUAGGUCAAAAUUAA